GCUUAUAAAGCAAGGUUGCAACUGUCCUAUAUAAAACUCAAUCUUUAAUUAAUAGAUUUUCAUAAUAAGCUAAGGAGUUAAACGACGAUGAAAUCACUUAUUUUGCUGUGCUUUGCAAUUGCGUUUUGCGAUGGUGCGCCGAGCUACCCUCAUGCACUCCAUCCAGGAGUCGGGGCAAUUUACAAGGGUCCAAAUUCCGAGACGAUCAUCAAAGGACCCGAUGGUAGCAUAAUCACGUCGCAGCAGGAAGGAGGAGAAGUUGCUAUUAAGGGAGAGGCUCCGAUCGUUGGACCAGGUGGAGGUAUUGGAGGUUUUAGCCCUAUUGUAGUUGGACCUUCGCCUGAUUUUGUAGCUUCCGUGCCAUUCCACGGCCCGGGUUUGGGAGCCAUUGCACCUUUUGCACCUGUCAUCUCUGAACAAUUUUUGACAGCUUCAGUUGGUCCGAUCAUUUCUGAACCAAUAAUCACAGCGUCGGUUCCUCCAGUAGUCCUUCCUUUGGGUCCAGCCGUUUUAGAUAGCGUUAUCAGGCCGAUUCCACCGUUAUUAGCAACCAAUCCAAUUGUAGUACCAGACGUAGCUGUAGUUGCAAAAGAUCCAAAAAUUGUUGAGGAACACAUCGUUGUUGGAGAUAAAAUAAUAACGGUUCCAAAAAAGUUGGAAGAGAAUGUUGAUCUGGUUGGUCCAUCUGGGACAAUUUCCACCAGAGGCGGAGACGUAGUAGUCGCAGGACCAUCGUCAACCACCAUCAAAGGAGGUGGAGUAGUUGCAUCGAUUGAUAAGCAAGAUGACAUCAACAUUAAGACAGUAGAAGUAAAAUCCGUUGUUGCCCCUGCCAUCAUUCAAGCACCGAAAAUAAUAGCCCCAGCUCCGGUGAUCGCCUCUGAAGCAGCAGUCCAAACAAUUAUCACCGCAAAUCCAAUUUUGGGAAAGAUCCCUGACGCUCGCGUCGCAGGAGGCAUCAUUCAUCCUCCAGUGAUCCACAGUCAUGCUCCAACUUUGGUCCAUUCCGGACCACUUUUGCAGCCGAACUUCGUCGAUCCGAGCCUCACCGUUAUACCGGACUUCUAUGCUCCGGUUCUCGGUGGUCUCCCAUUCAAGCCCAUCAUCCACGGUCCAUUCCACUGAUGAUUAUUAGGAACGCAAUAUUUAUUUAAUCCUUUUUCUUAAUUUAUUUCACUAGUCACCAGAUUUGCGACCGCAUUGAUAAAGGUUAAUUGAAUUCGAAUG